AUGACUGACUACUUGGAAUUAGAAAACGUUCCCAAAAACCCAAUCAUAGUCGUUGGUGGUGGGCUAGCUGGUCUCAGUGCUGCUCAUCAGUGUCUCAUCAAUGGUUCUAAUGUUGUCCUACUAGAUAAACAAGCCUUCUUCGGUGGUAAUUCAACCAAAGCUACCUCUGGUAUUAAUGGUUCUCUCACAAGAACCCAAGUCAAACUAAACAUCAACGAUUCCGUUGACAGCUUUCUCAAUGACACUCUAAAGUCUGCAAAGGGCCAAGCUGACGAAAAAUUGGCCAAAGUAUUAACCUACGAAAGUGCCUCAGCUGUUGAAUGGCUACAAGACUACUUCAACCUAGACCUAUCCUUGGUCUCAAGACUAGGUGGCCACUCUCAACCAAGAACCCAUAGAGGCAAAGAUGCUAGGUUUCCUGGUAUGGCUAUUACCUAUGCUCUUAUGGAAAAAAUCGAACACAUUUUCGAGUCUAACCCUGAAAGAGUCCUCAUCUCAAAGAAAUCUAAAGUUGUCAAACUAAUCAAAAACGACAGCCAAAACUUCAUCAAGGGUCUCAUCUUCGAAAAAGAUGGCAAGAACUAUCAAAUAUUUGGCCCAGUCAUUCUUGCUACCGGCGGUUACGCUGCAGAUUUCGACGACGUCGACAACUCCCUUUUAAACAAAUACAGACCCGAUAUAAUGGACUUGCCAACAACAAAUGGUAACCAUGCUACUGGAGAUGGUCAAAAAUUGGUCAUCAAGUCUGGCGGUAUAGGCAUUGAUCUCGAAAAAGUCCAAAUUCACCCAACUGGUCUCGUUAACCCAAAGGACAUAAACUCAAAAUUCAAAUUCUUAGCCGGUGAAGCUCUUAGAGGUGAGGGCGCCAUCAUGCUAGAUGCAACUGGAAAAAGAUUCUGCGACGAAUUGGGUACAAGAGACUAUGUUUCCAACGAAAUGACUAAAGUCAAGGCCCCCAUUAGAUUAGUUUUGAACUCAAAAGCUGCCAAAAACUUGCCAUUCCACGUCUCCCAUUAUGAAAGCAGAGGCUUGAUGAAAAAAAUAUCUGGCCAACAGUUGCUAAAUGAAAUCGGCUGCUCAAAGGAAACUUUGCUUAACCAAUUCAACGAAUACAACAAAUUCAGCGACUACGCUUCCAAAACCCCCCAAAAAACAAUCGAUCCCUUUGGCAAAAAAUUCUUCCCAUCCACUCCCUUUAACUUGGAUGACGAAUUCCAUGUCUCCAUAAUUUGCAGAGUUGUCCACUUCACCAUGGGUGGUGUCAAAAUCGAUCCUGGUGCAAGAGUCCUUACCUCAAACAACAUCAAUCCUUCCUCAAAGGAUAAAGUUGAACCAAUCCUAGGUCUAUAUGCCGCUGGUGAAUUGGCUGGUAAUAUUCACGGCUAUAACAGAUUGGGUGGCUCUUCUUUAUUAGCCUGUGUUUGUUUUGGUAGAGUUGCUGCCAAUUCAGCCACUCAGUACCUAUUACAGAACUUGUCCAACAACUCUCUCGACACUAAACAAGUUGCUAUCUCAAGAUUAAAUAAAAUUAGAUUGCAUCUAGACCCUGAUCAACAUGACAUAAUCGUUAGUUUUGAAGAUGAUAAUGCUACUGAAAACACAUCUCCAGCUCCAAAAAAAUCUAAAAAACCUACUGAUAAAAAAACAGCUUCACCAAAAAAGACCAAGAAAUCAAAAAAGACUUUAAAAAAACCCAAAGCCUUUUCCGUUCCCAAAAAAGAAUACUCCAUGAAUGAAAUUGCUAAACACACUAAAGAAGAUGACUGUUGGAUUGCUGUCAAAGGUGCUGUGUUAGAUGUCUCCAACUUUUACGAUGACCACCCAGGUGGCAAGCAAUCGUUGGUCAACUUUGGUGGUAAAGAUGCCAGUGAAGCAUUUGAAAUGUUGCACGAUGACAAUGUUAUUUCCAAAUACGCUGCUAGUACUGUUAUUGGGAGAGUCAAAGGCCAGAAAUUGACUUUAAAAGCUUGA